AACAUUAGACGAGUACUGAAGUCCCUGAGGCUUGAGUCAGUCACAGAAAAACAAAAUCCUAACAAACCCUAGGAAGGAAAACGUCGUCGCAACAAUCUUGAUUGAGUUCAGCGAUGGCCCUUGUUCUCCGUCUUGGAAGCAGAAGCAGAAGAAGAAGCGUGUUGUUCUUCUCCACCAACUCCAACUCUCCCUUAUCUUCCCUUUUCAAUGACAAUCUCAAACAAUCCUCUCCCUCAAACACCACGCGUUCCUCCUUUCGCACUCCCCCUAACUCCCAACCAGGUUUCACCGACGACAUCAACAAAAACCUCCACGAAUUCCGCGCCCGGACCACCGCGCCUCCACCGCAGCAAACCUCGUUCCAGAAGCAAACUAUUCGUGAUUAUCUCAGACGUAACUUCGAUCAGAAUCAAACUGAGACCGCUAAGAAAGCUUCACGCCAGAGACUUAGCCUGGAGGAGAAAUUGGGGAUGUUGAGGCCGGAGGAAACGAAAAAGGAUUGGUUUUCCGUGAGCGAGAGGCCUGGCAUGAUGAGGAAGAUGGAGGAGGAGGAGGAGCAGAAGCAGGCCCAUUCCAAUACCACCGCGCCUCCACCGCAGCAAACCUCGUUCCAGAAGCAAACUAUUCUUGAUUGUCUCAGACGUAAAUUCGAUCAGUUGGAUCAGAAUCAAACUGAGACCGCUAAGAAAGCUUCACGCCAGAGACUUAGGCUGGAGGAGAAAUUCGGGAUGUUGAGGCCGAAGGAAACGAAAAAGGAUUGGUUUUCCGUGAGCGAGAGGCCUGGCAUGAUGAGGAAGAUGGAGGAGGAGGAGGAGGAGGAGGAGGAGUGAUUUAACUUGAUUUCGUCUGGCUUGAAGCUUUGUUUGGUAUUAAAUGUUCAGUCAUAAGUAAAAGCAUAUGACUUGAGAUGUUGAGAUUAGCUUGCUUCCAUGUCAUUUGUAUUGACAUGUUAAAAAUUGUAGUUUCCUAUAUUAUCUCUGUGUUUCACUUGUUUUACAUGGAGGACAGUCUGAUUUUUAGCUUCAUUUGAUUCCUAGAGCAGGGCAAAUAUAUUGUUCUGACUUCUGUUAAAAUCUUGAAUAUGGUCAUAGAUAGAAGUUUGAACUGGUGACUGCAUACUCUCCUCAUUCAUGUAUUUGUUUUCUUUGUUUUAUCUUGCUGUUGUUUUUCAUUUGACCAGCCUAUCCUAUACCACGCAGAUAUUAGCGUUUA